GUUAGACUAAUACGUGGAAUAUUAGGUGGGAGAGGAAGGCAGAGGGAUUUAUAGAAUCAAUGUCAGGGGAAUAGGGUGGGCGAUACUUUAGUGAGAAGUAGUUGUUGUUCAUUACUUCGAAAUGGACCCUCGGGAGCCGCAGGUACCUGCUGGUUCCGAGCCGGACUCUUCCUUAGUUAAAUGCUUUACAAAGGGACCCCUUCCCGGGCGGUGCAGUCACUUUGUACAGAGGAAAAAAAGAUUCUGCAAAAUGAUCGUCUCUGAGGGAAAGAAGUUCUGCGGGGAGCAUGCUCAGAGCGGGGAGGAGCAUGACAGCAGGAGACGAAUUCCAUGCCCUUUGGACCCCAAGCACACAGUGUAUGAGGAUCAGCUUCCAAAGCACCUUAAGAAAUGUAAUUCCAGAGAGAAACCCAAGCCUGUUUUUUAUGUUCAAGAUGUGAAUGCAGGGUGCCUGAUCACAGAGACACCUGAUAAUCAGAUAUCGCUUAGUUCCCUCUCCAAAGAUGAGCUUCAGGAACUUACAGAGAAGCUGAAACAAGUGACUAGUGGCCUGGACCCUCCAGCAGCAGAUAAGAAACUCUGUCACUGGUCUUUACUUGAAGCCUUGAAUGAUCCAGCAAAUGGAGACACUGCAUCCAAGCAUCUCAAGCAGCAGGCCUCGAUUCUGGGUCAUCUGGACAAUCUGGGUUUGCUCAGUGGAUCCUGUUGUUUUGUGGAGUUUGGUGCUGGUCGCGGGAAACUGUCGCACUGGGUGGAUAUUGCAACACAGGGUUCUGAAAACAUUAAUUUCCUGCUGGUGGAAAGAGCAACCACAAGAUUCAAGGUGGAUGGGAAGCAGAGAAGUUCAGUUUUUGAGAGACUUCAAAUUGACAUUCAACAUCUUUGUUUAGGUCGAGUUCCCAGUCUCAAUGAAAAGCAACUUCCAGUCAUUGGAAUUGGAAAGCACCUUUGUGGAGCAGGGACAGACCUGGCACUGCGCUGUCUUAUGCAGAGUAACUCUCUUGCCAAUGGAGAACCUUUUCCAAAAAAACCCAGGACAGACACCUUUGAGCAGGGAACAGUGAAAAAUGAAUGCGACAAAGCAAAUCCAGCUUAUUCCACCUGUGUGGGAGGUAUUGCCAUUGCUCUUUGCUGCCAUCAUCGCUGUGACUGGCAUCACUAUGUAGGCAGAGAGUUCUUCCAAAGUCUGGGAUUGGAUCAGAGGGAAUUCAGCCUUUUUCAACGCAUGUCCAGUUGGGCUACCUGUGGCAUGAGACUGCCGGCCAAGGCUAUUCAGUCUGAUGAACAGAUGGAGUCAGAGGAGCAUGAUGCAGAGCAACAGAACUGUCAUUCAGAGACAGUUGAAAGGUUUCUGACAGUGAAGGAGAGGGAGAGCUUGGGAAGACUGUGCAAGCUACUCAUAGACUAUGGCCGUGUAGAUUUCCUACAGCGUAUGGGAUACAUUGCAGCAUUGCAGUAUUACACAGAGCCUGAAGUGUCUCUAGAAAAUGUUUUGCUCACAGCAAUACCACGGUAACCUAUCCCAAAGCUCACCUCAUGAGGAGUGAGCUGUAAACAGGAACUGUACUGAUGUCAAAUAUUCUGUAUACACGGAAAGAAAACAAUCACAGGCAGCUAUACAGAAUCUUGGGUUUGUCAGGUGACUGUGCUUCAUCUCAUUAAUCCUUAAACGCCAUAUUGCACCAUGACUGUAAUGUAAGGCCUGUCUGUCUUGUCGAAGUUGCCCCAUGCUUCCACAAUGGCACAUAUCUUCUUUUAUUGACUGUUUAUUCAAACUCCAUUUGCAGUCUUGGGUUAAUCUGAAUGAGAAAUUAAAUCAAUAAUUUUAUUGUAUCAGCCCUAUCAGCUUCCUUUCCAUACUUAUAAAGACUGGUUAUUCUGAAUAAAAAGUCAUCAGAUUUUAACAUGUCCUUUCCUUCUUUUGAAUCUCUUUUAUACCUUUACAUUAUACCUUUACAGCCAGGGACAGACAAACAUUUGUCACAUCAUGUGUUGCAGAACUCCCAGAAUUCUCCAGCAGCUCACUUGAAAUAGGAAUGACAGGAGUUGGAGCUUUGCAACACAUUUGCAUUAAAAAGUCAGUCAGUGCUGAAUAGAUUACGUCAGUGUUGUCCAACCUCUAUGAUGCCAAGUGCCAGAAUUUUUCUGGCCUACAUGGUGGAGGGCUGAUAAUGGAAGUCAGUUUUGACCACUCCCCCUUUUAAACCACACCCACUUGUCCAUGGUAUCACAAGCUUUUAAAGGAACAGUUCAGUGUAAAAA